AUGGCCUUCCCCUCUUUCUUCUGCACUGUCUACGGAGGAGGCGGUCAUUUCAACCGGCAUCAUGGCUGCUCUCAGACCCCUGGUGAAGCCCAAGAUUGUCAAAAAGAGGACCAAGAAAUUCAUCCAGAUUAUUAUGUCAAAAUUAAGCAUAACUGCGCAAGCCCAGAGGCAUUGACAACAGGGAGCAACAAGAAGACUAAACACAUGCUGCCCAGCGGCUUCUGCAAGUUCCUGGUCCACAACGUCAAAGAGCUGGAGGUGCUGCUGAUGUGCAACAAAUCUUACUGUGCAGAGAUUGCUCACAACGUCUCCUCCAAGAACUGUAAAGCUAUCGUGGAAAGAGCAGCCCAGCUGGCCAUCAGAGUCACCAAUCCUAACGCCAGGCUACGCAGCGAAGAAAAUGAAUAG